AUGAACGAGACCACUCCUUCCCCGAGUCCCGCACCAGCUUCGAAAGCUUCGCCUGCCUCAAAACCCUCACCCUCGCCGACCGCCGGCACAAAACGCAAGAGAAAUGGCGCAGCGAAAUAUUAUGCCGUCAAGGCAGGGCAUAAACCAGGGAUCUACCAUGGGUGGAAUGAGUGCCUGGCUCAAAUAACGGGCUUCAAGGGAGCAAUCUUCCAAUCAUUUCCCUCACAAGAAGCAGCCAACGCGUUUUUGAACGGUGUCAAGCUUCCGGACAGCGCCUCCGCAAGCGGAGAAACCAGAUUCUACGGAAUCCAACGAGGUCGAGUUCCAGGUGUAUACACGGACUGGAAUAAAGCACAAGAACAGAUUCGAGGGUUUGCUCGGCCUCGUUAUCGCAAGUUCUCGAGCCGCGAAGAGGCAGAAGACUUUGUGCGGGAAGGGCAGAAGGCAGUUCCUGCAGUCGGAUUUGGGCCGCCUGGAAUCGAGACUGAGACGCCAAAAGAUGCCGAAGGGGUCGAGUUUGCACCUGGUGAUGGCCCAUUGCCCCAGGGAGCUGAAGAUGGCUUUGACCCUAAUGUGCUUCUAGAUCCGGCCACCGGCAAGGUGAUGUACAAGACCACAACCCAAAAAUUAGCAACCAAGACACAAUCUACAGGUAUUCCGGGCAUGCUGCGGAUAUACACAGAUGGAAGUUCACUAAGGAACGGUACCCCAUUAGCAUCGGCCGGAGUAGGGGUAUACUUCGGCCCUGACGAUCAAAGGUUCGUCUACCCUCGAGCCCGGUGUCUUGAUCAUUUUCUAAUUCGGCUCACUUAUCCUAGCAGAAACGUUUCGGAGCCACUCAAAGGUGCUCGCCAAACAAAUCAACGCGCCGAACUGACAGCCAUCCUUCGGGCCAUUGAUAUUGCUCCCCGGCACCGCGAUGUAACCAUAAUCACCGACAGUCGAUAUGCGAUUGACUGCGUAACGGUGUGGUUUGUCAACUGGCGUCGCAAUAAUUGGAUGACCCGUGAUAAGAAACCGGUCGAGAAUAAGGAUUUAGUCGAGUCAAUUCUUGUGAAGAUCGAGGAACGCAAUGAUCUCAAGGUCAAGACCCUGUUUGAAUGGGUCAAGGGCCACAAUAAAGACCAUGGCAAUGAAGAGGCAGACCGUCUCGCGGUCAAGGGAGCCCACCAGGGUGUAUCUGCCAAGGUCGAGGCACUUGAGGUUGCCCAAGAUGUGCCUGACGAGGUUUUUGAUGAGAUUUUUGACGAGGAUUUCUAG